AUGCGUAAUUACACUUCAACGUAUGGAGCUGCCGUUCGGCAAACAACAAACCGUCAGGGGACAACCAUGGCUAGACAUAGAACGAUGCCGGAAAUGUUUUCCCAGAGAAAGCUUCAUAUAUCUGAAGACAGAGUCGACUUGGCCUUGUUUGAAGGUUCAGAUUCUUCUGUAAUAAACGAGAAUGAAGAGGAAGUUGAAACAGCUGAGAGUGACCCCAAGAAUGGGGAGGAGGUCCAGAGUAUGACUCAAGUACAGACAAAGACAAGGAACCAGAAGAUGGAGAUUCACGCAUUCCUGAACUUGACCGACGGUCCACUUUGCUAUUAGGAACCAUUAUACGCUUUGGACGACAACUCAGGAUCUACAACAGAUUUCUAAUGUAA